ACCGCGGGCAGGCAAGCUGAGCCGAAACCAUUAACGCUGUAAUGCAUCAUGGUUGCCUCUUGUGGAUUGUGUAGAUUACCAAUUUUUGUGUCAAUUUGCAGCGGAUUUUGCAAGGGCUAAGAGGAACGAUCGGUAGAAAGCAACACCAGAUUCUGUUAAUCGUCACGUGGGGCAGUGUCGAUCGGCUUCGGGGGAGAGCUUUGAGGGAGCCACUUUCACUGAGAUGGGGAUGCAUGGGUCGCUUGCUCGCUUAGCGUCGAGGGCGCGGCUCUCCGUGUUGUCACAGAGAGGAGUGGCAUUGUCGUCGCAGCCGGUGCGAGGAUUUGUGGCGUCGACAUCUCAUGCUGAUGGGUUAUCCCUUACGGAGUCAAGAGAAUCAUUGCUUGCUAACAAGCAACCAAUCUGGAUAGGAUGGGCCAGAAAUUACGCAGCAGAAGCAACUGCUGGUCAAGAUGAGGCGCCUCAGGGUAAUGUCCAUGUCCUGGAAUUUGGCACACACAAGACAGUCACAGCUAAACGAUUUGCAGUUGGCACAAGUGGAGUACACCCUGAUGAAGACCAUGUAGACCCUGAUGGCGAAGAGUACAAGGCGAAGGCCAAAGAAAUACUCCAAGAGGUCGGUGAGAAAAUAGAGGAGACAAUGGAAGAGUCCCAAAUUAAGAAACUACAGGAGAAGCUGGUUGCCACCGAGGGAAUUGGUGAAGUGGUGCAGGAUUUGUAUAAUCAGAAAGAGGAACACAAAACCGAGCUAGAACUCCCAGUCUCGAAAUCUGAAGCUCAUGGCAGUUCUUAGGUUUACUAACCCUUCCUUUUUUCUUUUGCAGUUCCUAGUGAGUAUUUCAUCUGAAUGAAAUCCGCUUUGGAGUUGCAGAGUUCAUUGGCGUGUAAUCUUGCUUCCUAGGUUCAGCCAAUGUAACCUUGACUCGCAGUUGCAUGUUUUGAAAACAUGAAUAUUAGUGUUACUACGACAUUCCACGAGAAUGCAUAUCGAUUCUUUUCAAUUUUAAAAGCCCUGCUAUGACGGAACUGUCAUGACUCAUACAACGUUUCUUUUGAAAAGCGAUCAUGCUAUCUUAUAUACAAAUAUAAAGAGAGAGAUUAUAUACACAUAUGGAGAGAUUUGUCUCUCUUUUUCCCACUUA